AAAAUCACAACAUCAUCCAUGUUUCUGACAUGGGCUGAACCAUUUGGAAAUAGAUCUUUCUUUAAACUUAACUGGACUGAUGAGAAUUUGGACUUGAACAGAAAUGCAAUAGAAACUAAUAACACUUCCUAUCACAUCACUGAUCUGACUGCUGGAGUCAAUUACACAUUCUGCAUCACUGCUGUGGCAGCAGAUAAAUCAACAGAAGGAGAAACUGUCUGCAUCUCAAACUACACCAAGCCAAAUGUGAUCAAGAAUCUUGUGUCUGAAAUCACAACAUCAUCUGUGUUUCUGACAUGGGAUGAACCAGUUGGAAAUAAAUCUUUCUUUAAAGUUCAGUGGGCUGAUGAUAAAACAGAUGCAACUACUAACACUUCCUAUCACAUCACUGGUCUGACUGCUGGAGUCAAUUACACAUUCUGCAUCACUGCUGUGGCAGCAGAUAAAUCAACAGAAGGAGAAACUGUCUGCAUCUCAAACUACACCAAGCCAAAUGUGAUCAAGAAUCUUGUGUCUGAAAUCACAACAUCAUCUGUGUUUCUGACAUGGGAUGAACCAGUUGGAAAUAAAUCUUUCUUUAAAGUUCAGUGGGCUGAUGAUAAAACAGAUGCAACUACUAACACUUCCUAUCACAUCACUGGUCUGACUGCUGGAGUCAAUUACACAUUCUGCAUCACUGCUGUGGCAGCAGAUAAAUCAACAGAAGGAGAAACUGUCUGCAUCUCAAACUACACCAAGCCAAAUGUGAUCAAGAAUCUUGUGUCUGAAAUCACAACAUCAUCUGUGUUUCUGACAUGGGAUGAACCAGUUGGAAAUAAAUCUUUCUUUAAAGUUCAGUGGGCUGAUGAUAAAACAGAUGCAACUACUAACACUUCCUAUCACAUCACUGGUCUGACUGCUGGAGUCAAUUACACAUUCUGCAUCACUGCUGUGGCAGCAGAUAAAUCAACAGAAGGAGAAACUGUCUGCAUCUCAAACUACACCAAGCCAAAUGUGAUCAAGAAUCUUGUGUCUGAAAUCACAACAUCAUCUGUGUUUCUGACAUGGGAUGAACCAGUUGGAAAUAAAUCUUUCUUUAAAGUUCAGUGGGCUGAUGAUAAAACAGAUGCAACUACUAACACUUCCUAUCACAUCACUGGUCUGACUGCUGGAGUCAAUUACACAUUCUGCAUCACUGCUGUGGCAGCAGAUAAAUCAACAGAAGGAGAAACUGUCUGCAUCUCAAACUACACCAAGCCAAAUGUGAUCAAGAAUCUUGUGUCUGAAAUCACAACAUCAUCUGUGUUUCUGACAUGGGAUGAACCAGUUGGAAAUAAAUCUUUCUUUAAAGUUCAGUGGGCUGAUGAUAAAACAGAUGCAACUACUAACACUUCCUAUCACAUCACUGGUCUGACUGCUGGAGUCAAUUACACAUUCUGCAUCACUGCUGUGGCAGCAGAUAAAUCAACAGAAGGAGAAACUGUCUGCAUCUCAAACUACACCAAGCCAAAUGUGAUCAAGAAUCUUGUGUCUGAAAUCACAACAUCAUCUGUGUUUCUGACAUGGGAUGAACCAGUUGGAAAUAAAUCUUUCUUUAAAGUUCAGUGGGCUGAUGAUAAAACAGAUGCAACUACUAACACUUCCUAUCACAUCACUGGUCUGACUGCUGGAGUCAAUUACACAUUCUGCAUCACUGCUGUGGCAGCAGAUAAAUCAACAGAAGGAGAAACUGUCUGCAUCUCAAACUACACCAAGCCAAAUGUGAUCAAGAAUCUUGUGUCUGAAAUCACAACAUCAUCUGUGUUUCUGACAUGGGAUGAACCAGUUGGAAAUAAAUCUUUCUUUAAAGUUCAGUGGGCUGAUGAUAAAACAGAUGCAACUACUAACACUUCCUAUCACAUCACUGGUCUGACUGCUGGAGUCAAUUACACAUUCUGCAUCACUGCUGUGGCAGCAGAUAAAUCAACAGAAGGAGAAACUGUCUGCAUCUCAAACUACACCAAGCCAAAUGUGAUCAAGAAUCUUGUGUCUGAAAUCACAACAUCAUCUGUGUUUCUGACAUGGGAUGAACCAGUUGGAAAUAAAUCUUUCUUUAAAGUUCAGUGGGCUGAUGAUAAAACAGAUGCAACUACUAACACUUCCUAUCACAUCACUGGUCUGACUGCUGGAGUCAAUUACACAUUCUGCAUCACUGCUGUGGCAGCAGAUAAAUCAACAGAAGGAGAAACUGUCUGCAUCUCAAACUACACCAAGCCAGAUGUAAUCAGGAAUUUCACAGUGUCUAAAAUCACAACAUCAUCCAUGUUUCUGACAUGGGCUGAACCAUUUGGAAAUAGAUCUUUCUUUAAACUUAACUGGACUGAUGAGAAUUUGGACUUGAACAGAAAUGCAAUGGAAACUAAUAACACUUCCUAUGACAUCACUGAUCUGACUGCUGGAGUCAAUUACACAUUCUGCAUCACUGCUGUGGCAGCAGAUCAAUCAACAGAAGGAGAAACUGUCUGCAUUUCACAAUUUACCAAACCAGAUGUGAUCAGGAAUCUCAGAGUGAACAAUUUCACAACAUCAUCUGUGUUUCUGAGAUGGGAUGAACCAGUUGGAAAUAAAUCUUUCUUUAAAGUUCAGUGGGCUGAUGAUAAAACAGAUGCAACUACUAAUACUUCCUAUAACAUCACUGGUCUGACUGCUGGAGUCAGUUACACAUUCUGCAUCACUGCUGUGGCAGCAAAUCAAUCAACAGAAGGAGAAACUGUCUGUAUCUCACAAUUCACUAAGCCAGAUGUGAUCAGGAAUCUCAGAGUGACCAAUUUCACAACAUCAUCUGUGUUUCUGACAUGGGAUGAACCAGUUGGAAAUAGAUCUUUCUUUAAACUUCAGUGGGCUGAUGAUAAAACAAAUAAAACUACUACUAACACUUCCUAUCACAUCACUGGUCUGACUGCUGGAGUCAAUUACACAUUCUGCAUCACUGCUGUGGCAGCAGAUCAAUCAACAGAAGGAGAAACUGUCUGCAUCUCACAAUUCACAAAACCAGAUGUGAUCAGGAAUCUCAGAGUGAACAAUUUCACAACAUCAUCUGUGUUUCUGAGAUGGGAUGAACCAGUUGGAAAUAGAUCUUUCUUUAAACUUCACCGGACUGAUGAUAAAACAAAUAAAACUACUACUAACACUUCCUAUCACAUCACUGGUCUGACUGCUGGAGUCAAUUACACAUUCUGCAUCACUGCUGUGGCAGCAGAUCAAUCAACAGAAGGAGAAACUGUCUGCAUCUCACAAUUCACAAAGCCAGAUGUGAUCAGGAACCUCAGAGUGAACAAUAUCACAACAUCAUCUGUGUUUCUGAGAUGGGAGGAACCAUUCGGACAUAGAUCUUUCUUUAAACUUCACCGGAGUGAUGAUAAAACAAAUAAAACUACUACUAACACUUCCUAUAACAUCACUGGUCUGACUGCUGGAGUCAAUUACACAUUCUGCAUCACUGCUGUGGCAGCAGAUCAAUCAACAGAAGGAGAAACUGUCUGCAUCUCACAAUUCACAAAGCCAGAUAUGAUCAUAAAUCUAACAGUGUCUGAAAUCACACCAUCAUCUGUGUUUCUGACAUGGGAUGAACCAGUUGGAUAUAGAUCUUUCUUUAAAAUUCAGUGGACGGGUGAUAAAACAAACGGAAGUUCAACAACUAGUAACACUUCUUAUCACAUCACUGAUCUGACUGCUGGAGUCAAUUACACAUUUAUCAUCACAGCUGUUGCAGCAGAUAAAUCAACAGAAGGAGAAUCAGUGGUUACCUCAAAAUAUACUAAGCCUGACGUCAUAAUGAACCUCACAGCUGAUGAUAUUACAACAUCCUCUGUCUUACUAAACUGGACUAAACCGAAUGGUCAAAGCUUCCGUUAUCGUGUAGAAUAUGAAGAUAAGAAUGUGAUGACUGAAAACACCUCCAUCAAAAUAAAUGAUCUGAUUCCUGGAGCGCAGUACACAUUCAGAGUGUUUGCAGUUGCAGCUGAUCAUGUGACCGAGGGAAGAGCCAAUCAGAUUUCACUGUAUACCAAGCCAGGUGUGAUCAGGAAUCUCAAAAUUACUGAAAUCACAACAUCAUCUGUGUUUCUAAAAUGGAAUGAAACAGUUGGAAGUAGAUCUUUCUUUAACCUUAAUUGGAGUGAUGGUAAAACAUCCAACCAUACAAUAACCAAUAACACAUGGUAUAACAUCACUGGUCUGACUGCUGGAGUCAGUUACACAUUCUGCAUCACUGCUGUGGCAGCCGACAAUUCAACAGAAGGAGAAACUGUCUGUAUCUCAAACUAUACCAAGCCAGAUGUGAUCAAGAAACUCAGAGUGACUGAUGUCACAAAAUCUUCUGUGUAUCUGACAUGGAAUGAACCAGCUGGAAAUAGAGAUUUUUUUAGAAUUCAAUGGAGUGAGAAAAGGAAGUAUGUAACAACUAAUAACACUUCAUAUCACAUCACUGAUCUGACUGCUGGAGUCAAUUACACAUUCUGCAUCACUGCUGUGGCAGCAGAUCAAUCAACAGAAGGAGAAACUGUCUGCAUCUCACAAUUUACCAAUUCCCCUGAGUCUAACAUUCCACUGAUUGUUGGCGUAGUGUUGGCAGUGAUCUGUUUUCUCUUCAUCAUUACUCUCAUUCUCUUCUUCUAUUCAAGAAGACAAACCAAAAAACAAUGUCCCGACAUCCCUGUACACACCAUUAGCAAUAAAAUUAAUAUUGCUUUGAGAAUAGAAGAUUAUGAAGAAUACUUUAAGCAGAAACAUAAGGAUUCCAACUGUGGUUUUGCUGAAGAUGAAUGA